AUGUGUGACGAGAUCAUCAUGGGCUGCUGCGCGGCCAUCUUUUGCUCGUCGGGGUCGUCCAAGCAAGCAUCCCAGACGACGACACGGCCGGUCGACGAGACGCCCGCGGUUCCUAUCGUUGUGAGCCCUGUGCCGGUCGUCAGCACCACUAGCCCCUUGCAUCCGUCCGUGCCGGACAUCGCAGCAGCCAGCGCCAAGAGCCCGUUGAACGCGGCCAAGGACGAAGGUACGAGCUCGUCGACCACCUUACAUGUCCAUUUGGUUGACGGCAACGACUAA